GUCAAAUACAGUUAAUAUUGUUAUUUUACGCACUACAGAUAGAGGUGCCAUCGUUGAGAUGAAGACGGACAACGCGGUGCAGAGCGUGCCGUUUGGGGGGAGGAGACAGAGCCUGAUCGAAGACGCGCGGAAGGAGCGCGCGGGAGGUGCCGGAGGGCCCCCCUCGCCCGGGCCCCACGGAGACCACCCGGGCUUCGAGACCAAGGACGAGCGGGUCGUCCUGAACGUCGUGGUCGCCCUCAGCAACGAGAAGAAUUCGGGGUUCUUCAAAACGGGGAAGAUAUUCGAGACGUUUGAAGCUAAACUUCUCCAUGUGGAAAGUCGACCCGCGAGGAAGGGGAAGAACAGCCCGGGGCCGGGGGACCUGGAAUUCUUCAUCAGGUGUGAGGUGCACGGCGCGGACCUCGACGUCUUCAUCAACUCACUCAGAAAGGUGGCGGACGACAUCCGCACCUUCCCGGAAGAAAAAGUUCCCUGGUUCCCUCGGAAGAUUAAAGAGUUGGACAAGUGCAAAUUGCUGAUCACCAAAUUUGAUCCCGACGUAGAUAAGGAACACCCUGGAUUCAGUGAUCCAGAAUACAGAAAACGGAGAGCGCUCUUAUCCGACCUCGCAUUCAGCUACAAACAGGGGGACCCGUUACCUACGGUGGAAUACACAACAGAGGAAGUCGCCACAUGGAGGGAGGUCUACAGCACGCUGCGCAGCAUCUACCCCAGCAUGGCCUGCCGACAGUUCCUGGACGCGCUACAGCAGUUAGAGCGGGAGUGUGGCUACGGAGACGACCGUAUCCCACAGCUCCGGGAAGUCUCGGCGUUUCUCAAAGAGAAGACGGGCUUCCAGCUGCGUCCGGCCGUGGGGCUGCUCGCCGCCCGGGACUUCCUGGCCAGCCUGGCGUUCCGGGUGUUCCAGUGCACCCAGUACAUCCGCCACGCCUCCACGCCCAUGCACUCCCCCGAGCCAGAUUGUUGUCAUGAGCUUCUGGGUCACGUUCCCAUGCUGGCUGAUAAGGAAUUUGCAGAGUUUUCACAGGAGAUUGGACUAGCUUCGCUUGGAGCGUCCGAUGAGGACAUUGAAAAACUUUCAACGUUGUAUUGGUUUACCCUGGAGUUCGGUCUCUGCAAACAGAACGGUGCUUUGAAGGCAUAUGGCGCCGGCCUCUUGUCCUCAUUUGGUGAACUAGUUUAUGCCCUGUCGAACGAGCCCGAGUGCCGUCCGUUCGAGCCUGAGCAGACGUCUGUCCAGCCGUACCAGGACCAGACAUACCAGCCCGUCUACUUUGUGUCCGAGAGCUUUGAGGACGCCACGGUCAAGAUGAGGAAGUUCUCUGCGAAAAUCAACCGGCCCUUCUCGGUCCGCUACGACCCGUUCACCUGCAGCGUGGAGGUCCUGGACCAGCCAGAGAAGAUCCAGCACACCCUGGGCCAGAUGAAGGAAGACCUGAGGGUCUUACACACCGCACUGGAGAAGCUGGCCUGACCCAAACCACACUACGUAACAGGGAAUACACUAUGCGUGUUUAGAUUGCAAACAUUUCAUUAAACAUAGUGUAUAUAGCUCUUCUCAAGUGUGUGUUUGUGUGUGUGUGUGUGUGUGUUUGUGUGUGUGUGUGUGUGUGUGUGUGUGUGUGUGUGUGUGUGUGUGUGUGUGCGUGCGAGAGAUAGGCGUACACAUGACACAGAUGAUCUAUGUUGUUUACGACGCACACUAGUGCCGUCCACUCACUGCGUCAUAAUCUUUGCUAACUAAAACCUAAAUAAAUAAUUUAUUUUCAAC